AUGUCUACUUUAGUCGUUCCCGCGAAGCAGCUUAGUGUUUUUGGCGCUCCGCUAAGUGAGAGUCCCAAAUUAGCUCCUCUGAGGCUACCCGCAUCUGCAAUCGGACCGCCGCGCGGCUGGUCCCUUGGGGGUGAAUCAAGUCAGCCGAUUUUGGUGCCAGAGUAUCUUCUUGAUUUGACCUUUGUCCUCGACUGGAUCCACGGGUGCUCGUCAACUCACUCGUAUUGCCGUGAGAAGGCCAUCCCACUACACGACAGGCCAGUCGAUGACAUCUUCCUCAUAGAUUUGGAGGAUGGCUACAGAAUCGUCAAAGGCCCUCCGAAAGCUUCCUACAUUACCUUGAGCUACGUUUGGGCCGAGGAACCCUCUCCCACUGAGCCACCCGUGCAAGUGGGAGAACAAAUCCCCGCCGAGAGCAUGAACCAACUCUUCUUGGACGUAUCACUCGUGUCCCAGAGGUUAGGAUUCAGAUAUCUCUGGAUCGACAGAUACUGCGUCGCCCAGCACGACAACAAGCUCAAGCAUCGGCAGAUCCAACAAAUGAGGAUCGUAUACCGCAAUGCGGAGCUGUGCAUCGUCCCUUUGGAUGAGGACGCCGAGCAUAAAGGACUGCCGGGCAUCUCGAGACCACGGGUGGCAUGCUGCCUCAAGAAGAAGCCCACGUCCGUGAGGCGAAGGUCCUCCUCGACUGCGGAACCGGACACGUAUCUCUGGCGUCUGCGCUCCGCGAGCCAAGGCGUAAUCACUCCCAUGUGUGCUUCGACGGCAAGCGUGCAGGCCCUCAUCAAAACGUCUAAGUGGUGGCGGCGUGCGUGGACAUACCAGGAGCACUGCCUUUCGAGACGAUGUCUCGUCUUCACCGACGAGCAGCUCUAUUUCGAAUGCGACAUGGGCAUAUGCAGGUGCGAGGCUGAUACAAGAACUGGGACAGAAGUCCCAGGCAUCUUUCAAAUCAUGAGACCCUCCCCGUAUUCUACCAUCCGCAUCGACAACGUAUUCCGCGCCUAUCGAGAGCACCUUGAGGAAUAUUCCAUGAAGGAACUCCGCCACGAGAACCAAGCCCUCAACGCCCUCGUCGGCAUCGUGAAGCACUACCAAAGCCUCCAUCCGUUCCUCCACCAGGUAUCCGGAAUCCCCUUCUUCGCGUCAAAAAGCCCAUCGGACAAGCCCAAGUCCUCCUCCGAGGUGGUGGGAGGCUGGUGGAGCGAAGCAGAUGAAGCCCGCAUGUCCCACGCUGUCCUCCCUUACUCCCUGGCCUGGGCCCACCGCUGCAUGGGCUGGUGCGAAAGCGACCUCUGCCCCCGCCCGCGAGACAUGUUUCCCAAGUGGUCGCCACUGGGCUGGGCCGGGGAGGUCACGUACGAGUGGGAGGGCGGCGUAAAGUUUCACGACUUCCAGCCUUUUGCGCGGGACUUUGCCUUCAAGGUCAACGGUUGCAUGGUGCCCUAUCAGGGGCUUUACUCGAGCGCCGAGUACGCCCGGCUGAGCCAGUUUGAGAAGGACACCUUUAGUCCCCGGAUGCUGUCCAUGAAGACGAUUUCUCUUCCGACGGAUGCCAUCGCUAAGCUUACGUAUAACAACAGUUCGUUCUUCUGGACUAUUUACGACUUCCCGGCCGAAGUGUCCUUCAGCAACAGAGUUGAAUCGCCUAAGCGCGUGAACAAAAUGCUGAGGACGGGGGAACUGCUGGCGUUGCUUCUCGGAGACAACAGCGUCUGUAUGAACGGAUCGCAACCGAGGACUUUGCUGCUGAUUGUCGGGCGGCCAGAGUACGAUAGUGAGGAGGCAGCAUACAUCUGCACUCGCCUGGGCGUGUUGAGUGUAGAGUGCCAUCUGAGGGAGAUAGGGGAGUAUUUUGCCAAGGGUAAGAGAGACUUUUCUAAGUGGGAUAAGUUUAUCCUUCAGUGA